AGCCGUCUGUCCAAAAAGAUAGCAGUCUAGAUCCUCCAUCCAAAUGCUUGUCAGAUGAAAAGCAGUCCUGCUGUGUUUUGAAAGGACAUUAUGUGAAACAUAGGCAUUCCUCUUACAGAUAUGAACUUGACGCACCGUUUAACUACAUUCUUUCUAUUCAUGCUGUCCAUCAUCGGUAUUUGCGGGGUUCAGGAGCAUGAAAAUGCCACAGGGUUAGCCAAUUUAAUUGCGCAGUUAAUGAAAGAUGAAAAAGCCUGUCCAACUGACAAAGAAUGCAGUGAUCUGCCUGGCCAUUGCUACAACUGUGACAUCAAUGAAACUUGCGUCUAUGGCAAAACGUACAAUGUUACCUGUACUGCCAAGCCUGCCUGUUCUGGUGCGACAACUGUAGAAAAAACAAUGAUAUGUCGGUUUUGUUAUCAAACUGAACAUUGGGAACACACAUGUAUUCAGAAAGCCAGUUGUGACUCUGUUGCUUCUCCCAAAGCCUACUACCGGACAAAUUGUUCUGUGAAGGAUAACAUAAUUUGUCUAGGACAAAGGAAAUUCUAUAAAAAGCUGCCUUGUAAUUGGACUGGGGGCUACCGCUGGAGUACUGCUUUAGCUCUGAGUAUAACGUUGGGGGGCUUUGGAGCUGACAGGUUCUAUUUGGGCCACUGGCAAGAAGGUAUUGGUAAACUAUUUAGUUUUGGUGGCCUGGGAGUUUGGACACUAAUAGAUGUUAUUCUAAUUGCCUUGCACUAUUUGGGGCCAGCUGAUGGCUCUUUAUAUCUGUGAAUAAUAUGUUUAACAUUAAGGCUAGUUUUUACACAGAAGAUAAAUCAGGACAUGUUCAAAAUUCUUCAUUUUGUUGCAUUUUUGAAGCAAAUCUUUUUGCAUUAGCCUGUUUAAAUGUUGAAUUGAUAUCUUCUUCCACUACCCCUUGGUUUUCUACUAAAAUUAACUCUCUUGUCCCCAGGCAAGAUGGGCUUGUGCUUGUCAACCCUCUUUUUCCUCACUCAUUGUUUCCAUUUUUGAGGUUGCUUUUAUUCUUUUAACUAUGAUAAUUUUUGGCUUGUGGCGAUCUUUGCCUUCAUUGAAGAUCUAAUUGUCUGUAACUUUUGUGUGUGUCUGUGAUAAACUGUGACUUUCAUGUUUCUUCUCAAUGUACAAACAAUAGCCUGCAACAUGUAAUUAUUUCCAUAGCCAAUGUGCUUUCUAUUUUAUCUGAUAACAAUAGGCUCUUCUGCCUUACAUAUCAGAGCAAGAUUUUUUUUUUUAACUCAUUCAUUACUGAAAUACCUGUAUCAUGUUUGGCGGAUUUUAACAGGCUGUGAUAAUAUGUCUAGUUAUAGCAUUUUAAGAUGACUUUAAGUUUGACUUUAUGGCUGGCUCUUCAAUGUCUUACGCUGUAAAUUGAAACCUGUCACCUCUGACAAUUAAACUGCUGUUUCAUUGUGUUCAUUAAACCAUUUGAUUCCAUUUCA